AUGACAUGGCAGUGGCGUACUAACGGGGAGGGGAGGGAUAAUCCCCCUUCCACCAACAUUUUUAAAAUUUUAAUUAGAUUUAAUAAACAUAGAAAUACUCUCUCAAUUAUUCAGAACUUUAUACCCAAUAAACUAAUAAAAUUAUCAGUAAAUGGAAUUGAGACAAGUACGGAAGUGAUGUCAAAACAGUGGCCAAUCGUAAUAAGCUCAUGUGACAAUAUUAAUAUAGUAAAUAAAGAAGUUCUGUUGUGGAAACAAAGAUGGAUAGUAGCAGAAGAUAAGCUUCCUUGCACUUUUAUAGAUGCAAUAAGUUGUUGUGAUGAGUUACUGUUCCCUAAAGUAUUUCAAUUUUUAAAAAUUGGCACUACGUUGUCCGUCACAGUUGUAACUUGCCAGCGUACAAUGGAGCUUUUCAACGUUGAAACAUUCCGAAUCGUUACAAGCACAAAAUAUUAA